UUUUUUGACAAACAACGAUGACUUAGCUAUAUCAUUGAAUUCCCUUAUUUAAAGCAACUCCAUUCCCAUAACUCAUAGAUCUUGCCCCAUAAUUCAAACUUCAAACUUUUCAUAUAGCAUAGCAUCACAUAUUUCAUGCAUUUAACAUAUUGCAUACAUACAAUACAACAACAAAAAAUGGUGAAAACGAUUUUCUUCAUUUAUUUUCUUAUUUAUAUGACCCUUUUUCUUUCCUUAACAAACUCAUCAACCAUAAACAUUUACCUUUAUGGUGGUUGCUCACAACAAAUGUACACACCAAAAUCACCCUACGAGUCAAACCUCGACUCACUCCUCGCCUCGUUAGUCAACUCAGCUACAUAUUCCUCGUACAACAACUUCACCGUAAUGGGGUCCACCCAACAAGACGUAAUUUACGGACUCUACCAAUGCCGCGGCGACAUCGCCAUGCCGGAUUGCGCGUCCUGCAUCGCACGUGCCGUUACACGUGCUGGAGACAUGUGCCGCGACACGUGCGGUGGAACGGUCCAACUCGACGGUUGUUUGGUGAAGUACGAUAAUGCUACUUUUUUGGGCGUGGAGGAUAAGGCUGUUGUGUUGAAAAGGUGUGGGCCUUCUGUGGGUUAUAAUUCGGAAGCUAUGGGCUCGAGGGAUGCAGUGCUUGGUGGGCUUGUGGGAUUAGGUGGCCCUUUUCGGGCUGGUGGGUCGGGUAGUGUUCGUGGUGUGGCCCAGUGUACUGGGGAUCUUAGUUUUAGCGAGUGUCAGGAUUGUGUGUCUGAAGCGAUCGGACGGUUGAAAAGCGAUUGUGGUACCGCGGAUUACGGAGAUUUGUUCAUGGGGAAAUGUUAUGCGAGAUACUCAACUGGUGGGGCCCAUGAUACUUCUAAGGCCCAUGGGAUUGCAGGGAAAUUAGGAGGUGAAAAGAGAUUUGCAAUAAUCAUUGGGUUAUUAGCAGGAGUAGCUAUACUUGUUAUUUUACUUGCUUUCCUGAGCAAGAUUUGUAGGAAAGAGGGUAAAUAAAUUAAAAUAAGUUUGUGACACUUUUAGUGGCAUUCCCACUGAUCGAUCAAUUAUCACCAUAUGGCCAUCCUCUAUGAGUUUGCUUUUGUGUCUCUUUUGUUUCUGUUGUUCUUUUUCUCUCUUUCUUUAUCUUAUUACUUAUCCUUUUUUAUGUUUCAAAUUUAAAAUUAUACAAAAGAGGACUUUGAACAUUGAGGAGGAGGAUACAAAAAAGAAUGUGCAAGAAGGGGUGCUUUUAUUUUGAAUACAGAAGGAAAGAGGGGGAAAAAAAAAAAAAAAAAGAGCUAAGAGAAUCUAGCUGCUUUAAUUUCACAAAGUUGUGUGUUUUCUAAUGUCUCAUGUUUUGCAAAGAAAAGUACUUAUAUUAUUAUUCAUUUAUUUUUGUAAAAUUCAAUAGUAAUUUUGCUUUUGUUUAUCA